CGUGAAGUACAAGUCCUCACCAUGAUUCCGUGACACUGCGGCAGUACGCAACAACGAAGUACAGAGCACUCUACAUGUAACUAGUUGUAUGAGUGAGAACAGUACCGUCAGGUAGAUAACCGUAGCGUAAUCAGCAGAAGGCGUGUAAUCAUACGAUGGCCACUUGGAUUGACGCGGGUAGUUACUUCAUUUCUGAAUUGGCCCAAUCUCCAAGAAGUUCCAAGCACGCGUACUCUACACAUCGUCUGGUAGGAUGAACGACUCCGUUCUUUGCCCGCCAAACAGCCACCUUCUCAGUGACGGUAUGAUCAGUGAAGUUCAGCAGCGCACUAAAUCGGUCAUUAGGAUGACUUCCUCCACUGAUAUUGCUGCCAGCUGGAAACCCGAUCAACUGUUUGAUCCACGCAAACGAUUCAACCAAUAUGCGAUGAUCUCCACGCCAAAAAAGCAUUCGAUUCCUGUCCGAGAUACAUAUUCCAGUGUCCCGGGCGCCGAUGUACCUCGUUCACUCCUCAAUGAGCAAAGAAAGAAACUCGAGCAAUCGGAAAUUCUUGAUUUCGAGACUGGAGAAUCAGACGGUAGUGGACAUCAAAUGAAGAUAAGAGCAAUUGGCACCACUGAGCAACAAGUCAAGAUACUGGAGCUGCUAAAGCUUGGCAGGGACAGCGUGCGAAAGCGUCGCCGAGACAACCAGAGGCGGUACAGAAAGAAACAACAGGACUUCAUGGAUAGUCUUGAAGUGAGCAACCAGCGGUUACGUGACGAGAUCAACCAAAUGGAGCAGCGGCGGAGCUAUGUGUCGGAAAACGGUGGCGUUUGGGACAUGGCAAUCGAAUAUUUUCGAAUCUACAAUCUUACGCUACGUCAGGUGGAGCGACAAUUCUCCACUGCUGCAGCACCACAAAUCAGCCUCCAGGCGCAUUUCAUGCAAACUACAAUGGCUACCGAUGUGAUCUAUAAUGCAAAGCUCGGAUCAAAGGCGAUUCUGAGCAAUUGGAGUAUGCUGCAGUGGUUUGAUGUAGCUGACGUGGAGCUUGAAGGUUUGCAGAGGAGUAGUGGAAAUUCGCUUGUAGCCGCGACGAUCACUCGUGUAACGAUCACGGAGAAAACGUUGAAAAUCGCGUUUCCUCACCUCUGUAACCAGGAAUCAGGUAUAUUAAGUUCCCCGAUCGCGAGGAAGUUGCUGAACAAGCGCUUUGUUUUGAGUGGAUCAACACGAUUUAGAUGGGAUCGUGGCCGCUGCUGCGUGGUAAGUGUAGCAAGUCAGUCCGACUUCUUGACGCCGAUGCUGCAGUUACUGGGAACUCUGGAGUUAGUGGCUCUCGUGUUUGACAAGUCCCUUAUCACACCGGAUUUCCAGCGGAGAUGAAACGUCAGUGCAAAGCGACAAUUUGCAUCAAGCACGCAUUAUGCGUAGUGAAUGACAUUAGCAUAGCAAUCGAAUGGCGACUAUCGAGUCGCCAAGCAGAUAUAUUCAUUUGUUGCGAUUGCUAGCAUUACUUUGCUCAAAUUACAUUUUACUCGACAUUAUUGGAUAUUGUAUAAUGCCAUUGCAUCGAUAUCGUG